AUGAUGCAGGUAGACGGAUACUCAAGAGCCAAGGAGCUAUUCAAGACUGGCGAGAGCGUGACUUCUGCCCCUUUCAAUUUUGGAGGCCAUGACUGGGCCGUGGAAUAUUACCCAAACGGCGAAUCUGAGGAUUGUGUCGAUUUCAUAUCUAUUUUUCUACUUCUCGAAUCUGCCGAUGGCGAAGAUGUCAAGGCGAACUUCACGCUCAACGUACUUGACAAAAAUGGAGAACCAGUGCCAUCAUACAGCCGUACCAACGUUGUACAUACCUCCUCAAGGGAAGAAUCAGAGUGGGGCUAUAAUGAAUUCAUUGAGAAGGCUGAUCUAGAGGGAUCAGGACAUCUGAGAGAUGACUGUCUUACCAUCAGGUGCGAUGUCACUGUCAUAAAGGAGAUCAACAGUGAAGAAGAAACAAGGGUUCCUCCAGGCGACUUGCACCGGCAUCUUGGUGACCUCCUAAAGAGCAAGGAUGCAGCAGACCUCACCUUUAAAGUCGGCUGUCAGACACUCUCAGCUCACAGGUGUGUCCUCGCUGCUCGGUCGUCCGUCUUCAAGGCGGAGCUCCUUGGCGCCAUGAAGGAGAGUUCUGCAGCUAGUCCUAUUGAAAUUCAUGACAUGGAAGCUAAUGUGUUCAAUUCCUUGCUCCACUACAUAUACACUGACUCGGUUCCUGUGCUUGAGAUGGGUAGCAACAAAGACGAAACUGAUGUGGUUAUGGCUGACCAUCUACUAGUAGCAGCUGACAGGUACAACAUCAGCAGGCUGAAGCAGAUAUGUGAGGAGAAAUUGUGCAAUCACAUUGAUUCCAACAUGGUGGCAACCAGCCUGGCUUUAGCCGAGCAGCAUGGUUUCCAUCGUCUCAAAGAAGCUUGUUUGCAGUUCCUUGCUUCUCCGUCUAAUUUGGAAGCAAUGAUGGAAAGUGAAGGUUACGAGCAUCUGAAAUCCAGCUGCCCAUCAGUUCCCAAGGAGCUGAUAGCUAGAAUCAUCCCGGUUGAAUUUAAAUCAGCAAAGGAUAUUAUCAUGACAAUGUGGAAGUAA